GGAAAUUAAUCCAUACACACGCACGAUACGUUUUCCUGUUGAAUCACACAAAUUGUUUGUCUCAAGCAUAAGAUCUACAGGUAGUACUAAAUUAAAUCCAACGUCUCACUUCCAAGUAGUAUUCCUCGUCAUCGUCAACUGAAGUUAAACUCCCCCCCUCAUUGUUCCCUUGAUUACAUGGACCUUUGUAAUCAGACUGUGCCCCACUAAUAUCAAUUAGCCGAAGACAUAAUAUCACCACCAGAUUAGGAUACGGGGUUCAAAAAGAAAUAAAAAAAUAAUAUUAAUUGUAACAUCAAAAAAUGAGUAACCCUAAUCAAGAAGAAAUGUUGCAAAGACAUAGAAAAGAAGCUAAAGAUUUACAAGCCACCAUUACAAGUUUGAAAAAGCAAGCCACCAAGAAAACAAGAAAGAACGUUGUAAACAAAUGUAACGACAUGGAAAGAGAUCUUAAGGAGAAACAAGCGCUUGAAAUUCAAGAAUUGAAAAGUGGUGGUGGACACGAACAAAAUGCCGAAUCUGACAAUAAAUUUGUGGGAGGAGGAGAUGAAGAUAUUAGCGCCGCAUCAACCCCUGAAGCACUCUUAGCUGCAUUAGAGCUAGAAAAUAAGAAUCUGGAUGUGGGAACGACGUCAGUAGAAAAUAUUAACAAUGGUAAGGGACAACCCCUUGAAGGUAGUGUUGCUGCUGCUGUUGUUACUGGACGUCCCAAGAGAAAUAGACAAAAGGAAAGAUUGGCAAAAAGACAACAAGAAAUUGACCGAAUUAAGGAAGAGGCCAGAUUGGAAGCACUUGAAGUGCCAGAUUACAAAAAGCUUGAAGAAGAAGGAAUGACGGAAAUGAUCAAUUUGAAUGGUUUAGAGUUAAUUGAAAUCAAACCAGAUGGGAAUUGUCUCUUUUCAUCGAUUCAAGAUCAACUUUCAGAGAAACAUGACAUUGAAUUACUGGUGGAAGAACUCCGUCGUCAAGCAGCAACGUAUAUCAGAGAAAAUAAAGACAUCUUUGCAGCAUUCAUGUACAAUGAAGCAACAGACGAACUUGAGGAUAUAGAUGAGUAUACGACGAAAUUAGAAAGCACAUCAAUGUGGGGAAGUGACAAGGAAAUUCUUGCAUUCACCAAUAUUUUCGAAUGUACUAUUUCUGUGCUUAGUUUUGAUACACACACGAAAAGAACAAACACAUUAUUAAUAAAUGAGGGACAACAAAGUAACCCACAGUUGAAUCUUGCAUAUUACAAACAUUGCUAUGGAUUGGGUGAGCAUUAUAACUCCCUUAGAAACAAAUAAAUGGUAG